UAAUACUAAAAUCUAAUCUCUUCCUUCCUCACUCACCAAUCAAACUUCAAAAACUCUUGAAUUUUUUCAAAAACAAAAGAAAAAAAAGAGAUCUUCAAUGGCGGCCAUGAACUCGAGUGUUCUCACCUGCAGCUACGCAAUCUCUGGUUCUGGCUCAGCAGAAUUAAACCAGAAAGUGGGUUUGGUGAACUCAUCAGUUGGGUUUGGUCAGAAGAAACAGAUGGUUAUGCCUGUGAUCAAAGCACAACGAGUUGUUGGUGAUGAUGUUGAUGGAUCUAAUGGAAGAAGAUCCGCUAUGGUUUUCUUAGCUGCUACACUCUUCUCCACUGCUGCUGUUUCUGCUUCGGCUAAUGCUAGUGUCUUUGAUGAAUACCUCGAGAGGAGCAAAACUAACAAAGAACUUAAUGAUAAGAAGAGAUUGGCAACAAGUGGAGCAAACUUUGCGAGAGCAUUCACUGUUCAAUUCGGAAGCUGCAAGUUCCCUGAGAAUUUCACUGGCUGCCAAGAUCUUGCCAAGCAAAAGUCCCAUUUAUCUCAGAAGAUAUUGCUUUGGAAUGCGAAGGCAAAGACAAGUACAAGUGUGGUUCCAAUGUUUUCUGGAAAUGGUGAAGAAGUUUGUUUGUUUUUUUAUCUUUUCUUAUAUAAAUCCAACAAUGUAUCUACCUUUCUCUAUUCAUGAAAAUUCUCUUAUCCGUUUGAAUCUAUCAAGCUAAACUCUAAUGUGAGAUUAGUUAGUAUCAUUGCACA